GUGUAUGAUUCAUCUGUGCACACACACACUCCAGCAAUGGACUUGAAGUCGAUCUGUACUUCUUCUUCCUCUUCCUCUUCGGCUAAGUUACUACUUUUGCACGGUCUCGGCGUCGCCGUUGCUGUUGCCGUCGGUGCACAUGCGUACAGUUAUUACCGCCAAUCCACCGCCAAGUUCCGUAGUCGGGUCGUAGGCAUAAUUCCUGCCCGUUUUGCUUCCUCCCGGUUUGAAGGAAAACCUCUUGUUAUGAUCCUCGGCAAGCCAAUGAUCCAGAGAACUUGGGAAAGAGCAAAAUUGGCCACCACAUUGGAUCAUGUUGUUGUGGCAACCGAUGAUGAAAAGAUUGCAGAUUGUUGUCGGGGAUUUGGUGCUGAUGUGAUAAUGACAGCAGAAUCCUGUCGAAAUGGUGCUGAACGGUGUAGUGAAGCACUCGAAAAGCUUGAAAAACAGUAUGAUAUUGUUGUCAAUAUUCAGGGAGAUGAGCCUCUUAUCGAACCUGAAGUAAUAGAUGGAAUUGUUAAAGCUCUUCAGACCACCCCUGAUGCAGUGUUCAGCACCGCGGUCACAUCCUUGAAACCUGAAGAUGCAUUCGAUCCAAAUCGUGUGAAAUGUGUGGUAGAUAACCGAGGUUAUGCAAUCUACUUCUCUCGAGGACUAAUCCCUUUUAACAAGUCAGGAAAAUUCAAUGGCAAAUUCCCGUAUAAUCUUCAUCUUGGUAUUCAGAGUUACGAUUCAAAAUUCCUGAAGAUAUAUCUGAAUCUGGCUCCAACAUCCCUGCAACUAGAAGAAGAUUUAGAACAACUUAAAGUUCUUGAAAAUGGAUACAAGAUGAAGUGCAGGUUAUACAUGUUGAUCACGAUGCUCAUGGUGUCGAUACACCAAAAGAUGUCACAAAGAUCGAAAGCUUUAUGCGUGAAAGGAACUUGUCAUAGUUUGAAGGUUGGUUUUGUUGUUUCUUGGUUCCACGUAAAUCUUUAUGGGUAUAGAUCAGGUCUACGUACAUUGUACACCUCAAGUGGGAUUGUUUCUUUCAUCUUUGUUGUUCGAUAAGCAGGCUUGCUUGAUUAGGAAGUGUUUAUAUACUUUCGUGUGGUAUGUAUAUAAUUAGCAUUCAUAGUUGAAGGAGAUUUGGCUUUCUCCUUGUCAAAGAAAGCCCUUAACAAACUCA